AUGGUAUGUAACAUCAAGCCGCACAAUGAAGGCGUCGCAUUGACCCCUAUAGCCUUCACCAGCUCCGCCGACGGCGACCUCUCGGGCUGGUUGUUGCCGGAAUGGACCGUGAAGUCGACGGUAGCCCUGAUGGAGAAACACCGCAUUGGCACCGCCAUGCUCUCCAUCACCUCGCCCGGCACCUCCGUCUUGGACCAUGACUUGCCGCGCGCAAACACCCUCUGUCGCGCCAUGAAUGAAUCGGCAGCCGCCUUGCGGGACGCGGAUCCACACAAGUUUGGCUUGUUGGCUUCGCUCCCGCCUGUCACGGUGACAAACAUGGCUGCCGUUCUCCAAGAGGUGACGCAUGCCUUUGACGUGCUGCACGCCGAUGGCGUGACGCUGUUCACGCGCUACGGGCCUCACUACCUCGGCCAUGAGACCUUUCGCCCGCUCUGGGCCGAGCUGGAUCGCCGGAACGCCGUCGUCUUCAUCCACCCGACGCACUCGGUAGGCCACGACACCAUCUCCUCGGCAGCACCCCAGCCGCUCAUCGACUACCCGCACGAGACGACGCGAACCGCGGUGGACAUGAUACAGCAAGGCGUCGUCGUCGACUUUCCAGCAGUCAAGGUGAUCCUAUCCCACGCCGGUGGCACGCUACCGUACCUCGCCAUGCGUGCGGCGCAUCUGGCGGUCGACGCGCGGUUCAGCACGCUCCCGGCCGACGACUUCCUCGCGCGCGCAAGAACCUUCUACUUUGACCUCGCGUUGUCCAGCAACCCGCGCCAGCUGGAUCUGGUGCUGGCAUUUGCCAAGCCGGGUCACGUCUUGUACGGCAGCGACUUUCCAUAUGCUCCGUCAAAGACGAUUGGGACAUUUGUCGAGGCGCUGGAUGCGUACGAGGAGAAGCUAGAUGAGGAGACAAGGUACUCCAUCACGCGAGGAGGGGCGCUGCAGUUGUUUCCUCGAUUGCGGGUCCAAGGGGAUGCAUCAUGCUGGGAAUAG